AUGGAAAAGAUUUUUAAUUUCCUUGGUUGUAGUGAGGAGGAAAAGAUUACUUGUGCCACCUUCAUGCUUCAGGACGAGGCAGACCUUUGGUGGAAAACUAUGCAAAGAAAUUUUUCGGACCCUGAGGGACAAGGUACGUCAAGUGUUACAUGGGAACAAUUUAAAGAACUCUUUUAUGCUAAGUAUUUUCCCUUAUGCAAAAAGUUGGAGAAAGGCCGGCAACUUAUGGACCUAAAGCAGACUGGGAAUAUGACUGUGGCCCAGUAUGAAGAUAGUUUCACUCGGCUGAUCAAGUACAUGUUAGUUUACAACUUGGACGAGGAAGCCAAGGCACAAAAGUUCCUUGGGGCUAUGAAGCUGGAGAUCAAGUUAGCAUUGAGCUCUCUAGGAGCACGUACUUAUGUGGAGGUGGUUACACAAGCCCUAACUGUGGAGAAUAACCUCCACCGUAUGAAUGGCCUGAGGACGCAAUCUUGGGAACUCGAUGAGAGAAAACUUGGGAAAAGACAUGAUCUUGGGGUUCGAAGACAAAAUUUCAAACCCGAAAGAAACUGCCCCAAAUGUCAAAAAUUUCACCCUGGAAAACCAUGUGAAGAAAGAACCCAAGGGUGUUACACAUGUGGGAUGAGAGACCACGUCGCACGAGAUUGUCUGAAAGGACCUAGGUGUUUUAGAUGCCAUCAGGUUGGCCAUUUCUCUAGGGACUGCCCACAUAGAAGAGAAGUCAAUCAAUCCCGGAAGAACCAAGGAGGUCAAGAACCACAACGGGGUCGUGUGUUCCAGUUGAUGGGAAAUGAUACCGAUGCCAACCAAACGGUUGUACAAGGUACAUCGAUGUCUCCUUGA